GAUAUCUCAUAAGUAUCAAUUGCUUGGAAUAAUAGCGAUACCAAAAUUCAUUCGUGAUUAAGUUGUUUGCUGAUUAGCUUUCACUUUAAUUUAGGAUGAAAUUCAUUCGUCAAUUCCAUAUUAUUUUGAUCCUAAUAUGGGCUCCAACAUUAGUAUUUGGAGUUAAAGAAAGUUUAUUUAAGACUUGUGAAAAUUCUGGAUUUUGUCAUAGAAAUAAAUAUUUUGCUGAAAGUAUUAAAAAUGAAGGUAGUAACUAUCAAUCAAGAUAUUCUAUAGCUCCUGAAUCAAUUUUAAUUGAAUCUAAAUUAAAUACAAAAAUAAUUCAUGGUCAAAUUAUAAAGGAUAUACCUACUUUAGCCGAGGAUUUUAUACUACCAUUUGAAUUAUCUAUAUUAGAAGGUAAUAAUAUUAGAUUUACAAUUAAUGAAGAACAAAGACAUAUUGCUGAUAUUAAAGCUAUAAAUAUAACUAAUUAUCGAUAUAAUCAAACUAGUGAUUGGGCAUUUGUAACAUCUGAAUUACCUUAUUUGGCUGAAAAUUUAUUCAAAGUUGAAAUUGAUCAAUCAAAGUCUGAAGUUAUAGUUCACUAUGGAGAAUCUAAUGAAUAUAAGGCAAUCUUAACAUUUAAUCCUGUUACUUUAACUGUGUUUUAUAAUGAUAUUCCACAAGUUAUUGCUAAUCAUCAAAAUUUCUUCAAUUUUGAACAUUGGAGACCAAAAGAAUCAAAUUAUGAACAUCUUACAGUUGAAGAAACUGAUUAUGGAAUGUUUGAAGAUCAUUUUGUAGAUAGUGAAAAUGAUAAGAUUCCAUUAGGACCUGAAUCAAUUGCAUUAGAUUUUACAUUUAAAGGAUUUAAGAAUCUUUAUGGAAUUCCGGAACAUGCCGAUUCAUUAAAUUUAAAAGAUACAACUGAUUCAGAUCAACCAUAUAGGCUUUACAAUGUAGAUAUAUUUGAAUAUGAAACAAAUUCAAGAAUGGCCAUGUAUGGAGCAAUUCCAUUAUUAUUGGCUGUAAAGCCUGAAAUAUCAUUAGGAUUAUUUUGGAUUAAUGGAGCUGAUACUUUUAUAAAUGUUGAUAAGACAUCUAAUGAGGAAGAUAGUCUGACACAUUGGAUUUCUGAAAAUGGGGUAUUGGAUUUUAUGAUUAUUAUUGAUAAAACUCCUGCUAAUAUUAAUUAUAAUUAUGGUUUAAUUACUGGAUUUACUCAACUUCCUCCUUUAUUUUCUCUUGGUUAUCAUCAAUGUAGAUGGAAUUAUAAUGAUGAAAAGGAUGUAUUAGAUGUAAAUCAAUUAAUGGAUAAACAUCAAUUCCCUUAUGAUACUAUUUGGUUAGAUAUAGAAUAUACCGAUCAAAAGAAAUAUUUCACUUGGGAUAAACAUAAAUUCCCAUCUCCUAAACAAUUAUUAAAAAGUUUAGAUCAUACAGGUAGAAAUUUAGUAAUAAUUAUUGAUCCUCAUCUUAAAACUAAUUAUUUCUUUAGUGAUGAAGUAAUUAAAAAGCAAGCAUGCAUUAAUGAUUCAAAGAAUACUACUUUCUAUGGUCAUUGUUGGCCAGGUGAAUCUGUUUGGAUAGAUACUUUCAAUCCAACAUCUCAACCUAUUUGGGAUUCUCAAUUCGAAUGGAAUAAUGAAUUCUUUGGUCUUGAUUCGUCUAAUGUAUUUCUUUGGAAUGAUAUGAAUGAACCAUCAGUUUUUAAUGGACCAGAAACUUCAGCUCCAAAAGAUAAUAUUCAUUUUGGAGGUUGGGAACAUCGAUCAGUUCAUAAUAUAUAUGGAUUAACUUAUCAUGAAGCCACUUAUGAAUCAUUAAUAAAGAGAACUAAAGGUAAUACCAAUAGAACAAGACCAUUUAUAUUAACUAGAUCUUAUUUUGCUGGAUCUCAAAGAACUGCUGCCAUGUGGACUGGUGAUAAUAUGUCCAAAUGGGAAUAUUUAAAGAUAUCUAUCCCUAUGGUUUUAACUUCAAAUAUUGUUAAUAUGCCAUUUAGUGGUGCUGAUGUUGGAGGUUUCUUUGGAAAUCCAUCAAAAGAAUUAUUAACAAGAUGGUAUCAAGCUGGAAUUUGGUAUCCAUUCUUUAGAGCUCAUGCUCAUAUAGAUGCAAGAAGAAGAGAACCUUGGAUUGCUGGUGAACCUUAUACAAGUAUAAUGAGAGAUGCAGUUUUAUUAAGAUAUGCUCUUCUUCCAACUUUAUAUACUGCAUUUUAUGAAUCAUCUAAAACCGGUAUUCCAAUAUUUAAACCUAUAUUUUAUGAAGCAUUAACCAAUCCAAAGAGUUAUUCUAUUGAUGAUGAAUUUUUCUUUGGAAAUUCAGGAUUAUUAGUAAAACCUGUAACUGAUGAAGGUGCUGAUCGUCAUGAAAUUUAUAUUCCUGAUACUGAAGUUUAUUAUGAUUAUACGAAUAGAUCAUUACCAAGUAUUAAUGUAUAUAAAUUAGACGAACCAGGAUAUAUUAAAAAGGAUAUUAGUUUACAAGAUAUUCCAGCACUUAUUAAAGGUGGGCAUAUUAUAAGUUUAAAGGAAAGAUAUAGAAGAUCAACAAGAUUAAUGGUUAAUGAUCCAUAUACUUUAAUUAUUGCCUUGAAUAACAAUGGAGUUGCAGAAGGUCAAUUAUAUAUUGAUGAUGGAGAAUCCUUUGAAUUUGAAAAUUCAGGUGAACUUGCAUUAGUUAAAUUCAGUGCUACUGAGUCAACUAUAAAUUCUCAAAUACUUGAAAUUAAUGAUACAUUUAAACAAAAGAUAUCAUCUAUUAAGAUUGAAAAGAUCAUUAUAUUGAAUUCUAAAUCCAAUAAGUCAAUUGAAUCUAUUAGUAUUAAACAAGGCGAUGAAGAAUGGCAAGCUAAAUUUGAUGGAACAGUCGAUAAAAAGACCAUAAUUCAUAAUGCAAAGAUAAAAGUUAGUGAGUCAUGGGAUAUUCAAUUAAUUUAUGAACCUGAUCAUGAUGAAUUAUAAAAUAAAAUAAAAUAAAAUAAAAUAAAAUAAA